AUGGGGAACCUGCUCAUCAUCAUGGCCAUCAUCUCUACUCCCAAACUCCAUACUCCCAUGUACUUCUUCUUAGCCAACCUGUCCUGUGUUUACAACUGUUCCACCUCUGUCACUGUACCAAAGAUGCUGCUGAACAUCCAGACCCAGAGCCAGCCCAUCCCCUAUGCCAGGUGCCUCGCUCAGAUGUACUUUCUAAUUCUGUUCCUAGAACUGGACAAUGUCCUCCUGGUGGUGAUGGCAUAUGACAGAUAUGUAGCCAUCUGUUACUCUCUUCACUAUGCUUCUACCAUGAGCCCCACAUUCUGUAUCACAUCAGUGUCUGUGGCUCUGACCAUCACCAACAUCUAUCCCUUGGUCCACACUCUGCUUAUGGAUACAAUGCCCUUCUGUACAAGUGUCAGAAUACAUCAUUUAUUUUGUGAGCUCUAUGCAUUGCUAAAGCUUUCCUGCUCAGAUAUCCAUGUCAAUGAGUUGGUUGUUUAUACCCUGGGAAGCAUUCUUUUUGUUAGUCCUUUCCUCUUUAUUUGCCUCUCCUAUGUGCUCAUCUUCUCAGCCAUUCUAAGACUACAUUCUUCCCAGGGUAAGAUGAAAGCCUUUUCCACUUGUAGUUCUCACCUUGCAGUGGUAUCCUUGUUCUACUUAAGCUUUGGGGUCUAUCUGUGACCUUCCUCCUCAUACACGGUUGAAGAUUUUGUGGCCACAGUGCUAUAUACAGUGGUGACUCCCAUGCUCAAUCCCUUCAUUUAUAGCUUGAGUAAAGACAUGCAGUGA